CCCCGCGCCGCUGCCGCCGCCGCCGUGCUCGCUGGCUGGCCCGGUGCGGGCGCCCGGCUCCCGCUGCCGAAGAGGACCAGCAGCGCCGCCGCCAACCCUCCGGUCCGGGCCCCGGCCCCGCCCCGGGCCCCGGCCCCAGCCCCUUGCCCGGCCGGGCGAUGAAGUGUCACUAUGAAGCGCUGGGGGUGCGGCGCGACGCCAGCGAGGAGGAGCUCAAGAAGGCCUAUCGGAAGCUGGCCCUGAAAUGGCACCCGGAUAAAAAUCUGGAGAAUGCCGCAGAAGCAGCUGAACAAUUUAAAUUAAUCCAAGCAGCAUAUGAUGUGUUGAGUGACCCUCAGGAAAGAGCAUGGUAUGAUAAUCAUAGAGAGGCUCUACUUAAAGGUGGGCUUGAUGGGGAAUAUCAAGACGACAGCUUAGAUUUGCUUCACUAUUUCACUGUGACCUGUUACUCUGGUUAUGGAGAUGAUGAAAAGGGCUUUUAUACAGUUUAUCGUAACGUUUUUGAAAUGAUUGCGAAGGAAGAACUAGAAUCUGUGUUAGAAGAGGAGAUGGAAGAUUUCCCCACUUUUGGAGACUCCCAGAGUGACUAUGAUACGGUAGUCCAUCCUUUCUAUGCCUAUUGGCAGAGUUUCUGCACUCAGAAGAACUUUGCUUGGAAGGAAGAAUAUGAUACACGACAAGCUUCAAACCGCUGGGAGAAACGAGCCAUGGAAAAAGAAAACAAAAAGAUUCGCGACAAAGCAAGGAAGGAGAAGAACGAGCUUGUGCGCCAGCUGGUCGCAUUCAUCCGUAAGAGAGACAGAAGAGUGCAGGCGCAUCGGAAGCUCGUGGAGGAACAGAACGCCGAGAAAGCCAGGAAGGCGGAGGAGAUGAGGCGGCAGCAGAAGCUGAAGCAGGCCAAACUGGCCGAGCAGUACAAGGAACAGAGCUGGAUGACCGUGGCCGACCUGGAGAAGGAGCUCAAGGAGAUGGAGGCGCGCUAUGAGAAGGAGUUUGGAGAUGGAUCAGAUGAAGAUGACACAGAGGAAUCUGAGCUCAAAGAUGGGCACGAUGGUAAAGACAGUGAUGAGGCUGAGGAUGCUGAGCUGUACGAUGACCUUUACUGCCCAGCGUGUGACAAAUCUUUCAAGACGGAAAAGUCCAUGAGGAAUCAUGAAAAAUCAAAGAAGCAUCGGGAAAUGGUUGCCUUGUUAAAACAACAGUUGGAGGAGGAGGAAGAAAAUUUUUCAGGACCUCCAACUGAUGAAAAUUCAUUGAAUGCCAAUUCUGAGGAAGAAAUAGAAGAUGCACCAAAACAAAAGCUUUCCAAAAAGCAGAAGAAAAAGAAACAGAAACCAGCACAGAAUUAUGAUGAUAAUUUCAAUGAAAAUGGAACUGGAGAAGAAGUAAAGGUUGAAUCAGAAGAUACCAACUUAAAUCAAGACCGUGCCAAAGAAUUGGAUGGGAGUCCCCAAGAAAGUAUCCGUGUCACUGAGACUGUCGAACUCUGUGAUGAUCCAAAAAGUGAAGCUAAGAAUGCUCCUAAACCCAAAGGAAAGAAAGCCAAAGAUACGAAGAAAUCUGUCCAAGUACCUGCUGAACCACAGACAGUGAGUGAUGUUCUUAUCAGCUGUGCAACCUGCCAUAGUGAAUUUCCAUCCCGGAAUAAACUUUUUGACCAUCUGAAGGCCACAGGUCAUGCAAGAGCACCUUCAUCAUGUUCUUUAAACAGUGUAACAAGUAGUCGAAGUAAGAAAGAGAAACGUAAAAACAGAUAGAAAUUCUGCCAACGCUUUUUCUUUUUGAUUGUCUCUAGAUUUUGAAACCAAAAACUGAACUGAAGUCAUCUAAAGAGUUAAAAUUUCGGUGAUCUGCAAUUUAUUGCAUUGUGGAAGAUUAUUUUUUAUCUUGUAAAAACAUUUUUUUUUGUUUAAUAUAUAUUUUUUAAACAUUUCAUUAGUGAUUGAAUUCUACUUUGCCAUCUGAAUUGACUUGAAUGUCUCAAAACAGGUACAUAUUGUAAAGUAUACAUUCUUGAUUUCUCUUGGCUCACAUGGACAGAAAUGUACAGGGAGAAUUAAAUUAUUUUAACACAUACAA